CUGCCAAGAGCUGGGCAGUUGGUUUUCGAAAGGUGGCUGCUAGGAAGAAGGGGCCGCCUACGGCCUUCUCCCGCUUCGGCAGUGGCCCGUGACUGCUUGUUUAUUGGGAAUUUGGUUUUCCCUGCCUAUAGCCAACCAUGAGCCCAGCUGAUACCAAGCGCUGUGGGACCAAGCGUCGGAAAAAUAAAAAAGGAGGCCUUGGCCCAUCAAGCCUAGCUGGAGUCUUUGAGGUCAAAUCUGUAGGACCAUCUUCCAAUAUUGCUCCCUCCUGCUCCUCUUUCUCCUGCUCAACACCAUCUACUUCUACCAUAGCCUUCUUGCAGCCUCCCAGUACCAACAUAGCUUCUUCUAGCACUGAAAAUGGUCUUGUGCCAGUAGUUGCCACAGCUCCCAACUCGAUUCCUAGUGAAAGAAUGAAGAAGGCCGAGUUACAGAAAAAGCGCUGUGGAGGAACAAUUAAUUCUAGACAAACUUGUAAAAGAAGUGCAGUUAGUAACACAGGUUCUGAAACAGCUUCCCAAGAACCAAUUGAUGUUGAAGUUAACACUUGUGAAGAAGUAGUUGACCUAACUUGUGAAUCUUCAGAACCAAUAGUAGUUGAUUUGACACACAAUGAUUCAGUUGUGAUUGUUGAAGAAAAUGUUUGUCAACCACAAAAUCAAGAAUUUAGAAAUCAACUCCCUGACAGCUGUAUAUUAAGUAGUGAUGACGAUGAACCAAGAGAUGAAGUGAUUUUAACUAGCACACUAAGUAAAGAAUUGGAAUUGUUAGAAGAUGAUGUUCCAAGUUCCCACCGUUCAGGUACUGUGAGUUGCCCAAUUUGCAUGGAUGGCUAUUCAGAGAUUAUUCAGAAUGGACGGCUCAUUGUAUCAACAAAAUGUGGCCAUGUCUUCUGUAGCCAGUGUCUCCGUGAUUCUCUAAGAAAUUCUAAUUCUUGCCCAACUUGUAGGAAGAAACUUGGCUACAAACAGUAUCAUCCAAUUUAUAUAUGAAACUUAGAACCUUCUACAAAGAAUCUAAACUGUACUCUUCUGAAUGCUACAUAUACGUAUAUUUUCAGCAACAAUAGAAUAUUAUAAUUUCUCAGAUGCAACAGUUAACGUGGAGGCCAUUAUGGAGUUUUAUUAGUAUAUAAGCUUUUUUUAAAAAAAAAAAAUGGUUAAUCAUAUGAAGUUGGCUUUACAGUCCACCAAAGUAUGUAGAUGUUUGAAGGACAGUUAGCUACAAUGAAAGCAAAAUGGUAUUGCCAUGCUGUUUUUGAAAAAUGACACAUCUUCAAGAUAACAAUUUUUUUUUACUUCAGAUGACAGGAUGAAAAUCUGUUUUAAUUUGCCCAAGAUGCAAGUCAUGCUUAUGAUAAUGUGAGUAGUAGCAGCCUACAUUUUUCUUUUUGCAUUUCAUUCUCAAAAAAAUUGAAUCCACGUUUGUUUCCUGAUGAUAUUCUACCUUUUGCGUGAACUUCUGCAUUUCCAAGAAGACUGUCUAUUGUAGUCAAGGUGCACCACAUUUCUAACAUUAAAUGUUUAAAUCUUUUAUUUGGAGGCUUUUUGGAAGACAGUAGUAGGACCAUAAUUAGAAAAUGUUUGACUCUAAAGUAUAAUCAUAAAGAAAUACUUUCUACACGCACCUAACUUAAGAGAAGAAUAAAUUGAAACCUACUUCAUCACUAUCUCACAGAACAAGGCAAAGUGAAAUGUGAAUUCUGGCGUCAAGCUUAUAGUUCAGAUAUUUGACACAGUGAAGAUAAUGAAUGCUGUCUUUCAGUAAAUGCAUUUUCAUACUGGUGUAUUGAAGUCCUAAUGGUUCUUUCAAUUCUCUUCAUAUAGUCAUAAAGUGCAGACUGAACAUUUUUAAUCUCUAUACUAUCAUUAUUGAUCUAAACAGGUGCAUUUGGGAAAUAUUAAGAAAGCCCGUAUUAGUCUGGUUGCCAUUAACAAAUAAUUAGAAUGAUAUAGCAUGAAAAAUACAACAGUCAGUUUGUUAUUAAGAAUUUUAGUUUGGAGCUUCAUAUUUUUGCUAUAUGCUACAUGGAUGAAAAUAGUAGAACUUGUAGUUUCUGCAUAGGCAGAAGGAAAUGAGCCAUGCAGUUUGGAUAGACAAUUUAUGUUCUAUUAUAUUAAUGAUAUUUGCUUAUUGUAUAAUCAUGAAGGGUUUGUUAGCAGCCACCUUCUAAAUGAAAGUUAUCUUUACAAAUUAUCACGAAUACACAACAUAGAAACAAUCUCUACAGUAUUAGGAAUUUCAAAAGACAACUGAAUAUUUUUCCAUUUUUAAAUGUUAAAAAUGAUAUGGAUUCCCCUAUCCGUUUAUAUUAGGGCAGUAAAAAUUAGAGAUGUGUAUAAAUCAGAAAUAAUAUUUUGUUUCCAUUUCAUUUUGUAGGUUCUGCAAAUAUUCUUUGGUCCUUCACAAUUCAGCUUUAGCUUUAUUUAUUCUAGGUUUUGGAUGAAAUUUGAAUAGGGUAAGAUUAGUACAUAUCACCCCUUUGUCCAUUUCUACACUGCAGCUUCUAGUAAAGAAUAAAUAAGAGUCUUUUCUCCCAGGUAUUUCCCCCCCCCCCCUCAGCAGCUUUACUGAUAUUCUAGAAUAGCAUGUCCUUUUUGCCCCUGACUUUACCAGAUCUUCCUCCUUCCUUUCAGCCACCACUGCUGAUGUUCCAGCAAGCAUUGCCCACCUGGGCCCUAAACUUCCCAGCACCUUCUCUCACUAUUUUCUCUCAGCUGCUGAUAUUCACUCCUGAAAUCACUUCUACUCGAAACAGAGUAGUCCUAUUUCUUCGGUAUACAUCUAAAAUGUGUGUCUCAGUUCAGACCUGGACCAAUUAUUUCAGAAUGAUUUACAUAAAAUGUGAAACCUUAUUUGUAAUUUCCUUUGGGAGUUAAGAGGCCUGCUUAUCCAUGAAUUCCCAGAUGCUUGGAGGUUGCUAUAUAAUCAACUGAAUUCAUAUAAUUGGUUCAUUUAGAUGCAAUAAGAGCAUUUACUGAAAUCAUUCUCUUAAUACAAGU